GGGAAAGCUAUGAGCCUGAGAUUUGGAGGCGGAUGUAUGAUGGAAUGGUACAUUGGUGGUUCCCAAACUCGCCUUGUCUGUAGCCCGCUGUUGCUUCUGCAGUCUGAAGUAGAGAAAUGGCCAGUAUGCUACUCUUGACAGACCCGAAUUUUCAAGAGCUACUUCCAAUACCCAUCUUGUGCGCAGAUGUUACGAAGUCGCCCGGACAGUAUGAGAAAUAUUGGGUUGUCGACAUAAUUCACUUCAAAGAAAGGAACAAAGUGGGACACGAAUUCGUUAUUCUUAGUGUCUUCGAUUGCGGCACUAACCGCCCGCUCUUUCACUUGUGUGCAGAACGUAGACCAUCCAGACGAAAGCCCGAUGAACAGAAAAAGUUUGAGCCGUCGUCGAAGCGAGCUCUCUGGAUCUCGAAGCUAGAUUUCUUGUUCUCUCCUAGCGACGACACGAUCAGCAGACUUCGGGAGAAUUUCAAGGCAGAUAAUUACGACCACCUAGCCAGUCUAAAUCUUGGCUUGCCUAGCCUGAAAAAACUUAGCUUUCUCGCAGCCUGCCAAAUCUUCGAACAGGUUGAAAAUCAAGCGUGGUAUUAUGAACUGUUUCGACGGCAAUGCUACUGGUUCUGCACCAACUUUCUCAAGCGAGUGGAAAACAAGACCGAGCUAUCCAAGAUAGCCGGUAGACAUGCUAAACGUCAAGGCACACCAGGAUACGGAUGUAUCUUUGGGGGUAGAUUUAAAGUAUUGAAGGAGCAUGAUGUCGAAGGGGACAUUCAAGAGAGAAACCGCAGACAAAAAGAUCAGGCAAAGAAGCGGGAGGAUGAAGACCGUGAGGGGAUGAAGAACAUGAUGGUUGAUGCCAUGCAAAGGAGAGAGCAGGAGAGGCUCGCAGCGUUGAAAACAAUACGCCAAGCAAUCCAGCCGAUGUUAAUAACGACCCAAGCACAACAAGAAGCGGAGGUUCUAGCUUGGAGGUCGAUGUUCUCGCGGAUCGUUGCCCAGCCAGGCUCUACUUAG